GAAGAAGGAAUCAUAUCCUCACAAAUAAUAAAAAUGAUGGGUUUUGGGAUAAGUAGUCGCAUUUUGAUCAUGGCCAUAGUGUUGAUGAAAGCAGCAGAAGCAAGCAUGAGCAGAGAGAUGCAGGCAUUGAUGAAAUUUGGGUGGCCUCACAACUCCACAACUCAUCACUGCAAUUGGACUGGCAUUACUUGUGAUGAUGCUGGUCAUGUUGCGGAGAUGAGCCUCCAAGUUUGCUCUUAUACUACUCUUCUUAGUUUAAACCAUUUUGAUGUGUUUGCUUUUCCACAUCUCACUAGAAUUCAUCUCACCUCAUAUUGCCUCAAUGGAACCAUCCCACCACAUAUAGGUUACCUCUCCAAUCUAACUUAUCUCAAUUUGUCUCACAAUCCUCUAAAUAGUGAAUUGCCUGUGUCACUUGCAAAUCUCACUGAAUUGCAGAUACUUGACAUUUCUGAUUGUCAUGAUCGGUUUUAUGGCAUUCACAGCAUUUAUGGUGUCAUUCCGCCUGAGAUAGGAAGCUUAUCCAAACUAACUCAUCUCAAUUUGUCAUACAAUGAACUCAUCACUCUGCCUCUCUCGCUUGCAAAUCUCACUAACUUACAUGUGCUUGACCUUUCUUAUAACAACAUUGUCGGUGUUAUUCCGCCUGAGAUAGGAAACUUAUCCAAACUAACUCAUCUCGAUUUGUCAUACAAUGGACUCAACAGUGAUCUGCCUUUCUCACUUUCAAAUCUCACUAACUUACAUGUGCUUGACCUUUCUUAUAACAACAUUGUCGGUGUCAUUCCGCCUGAGAUAGGAAACUUAUCCACACUAACUCAUCUCGAUUUGUCAUACAAUGGACUCAACAGUGAUCUGCCUCUCUCACUUUCAAAUCUCACUAACUUACAUGUGCUUGACCUUUCUUAUAACAGCAUUUUCGGUGCCAUUCCGCCUGAGAUAGGAAGCUUAUCCAAACUAACUCAUCUCAAUUUGUCACACAAUGGACUCGACACUGAUAUGCCUCUCUCACUUGCAAAUCUCACUAACUUACAUGUGCUUGACCUUUCUUAUAACAGCAUUAUCGGUGCCAUUCCGCCUGAGAUAGGAAGCUUAUCCAAUCUAACUCAUCUUGAUUUGUUAGCCAAUGAACUCUACAGUGAUCUGCCUCUCUCACUUGCAAAUCUCACUAACUUACAUGUGCUUGACCUUUCUUAUAACAGCAUUUUCGGUGCCAUUCCGCCUGAGAUAGGAAGCUUAUCCAAACUAACUCAUCUCGAUUUGUCACACAAUGGACUCGACACUGAUCUGCCUCUCUCACUUGCAAAUCUCACUAACUUACAUGUGCUUGACCUUUCUAAUAACAGAAUUGCCGGUGCCAUUCCGCCUGAGAUCGGAAACUCAUCCAAACUAACUCAUCUCGAUUUGUCACACAAUGAACUCAACACUGAUCUGGCUCUCUCACUUGCAAAUCUCACUAACUUACAGCUGCUCGACCUUUCUCAUAAUAGAAUUGUCGGUGCCAUUCCGCCUGAGAUAGGAAGCUUAUUCAAACUAACUCAUCUCGAUUUGUCAGUCAAUAGACUCUACGGUGAUCUGCCUCUCUCACUUUCAAAUCUCACUAACUUACAGCUGCUUAACAUUUCUGAAAACAACAUUUCCAGUGCCAUUCCAUCGGGAAUAGGUUACCUCCAGCAAUUGAUUGUUCUUGAUCUGAGCGGCAACAGCAUCAGUGGCUCUCUGCCCUCAACUAUGAGCCAAUUAACAAGAUUGGAAUUGUUGAAAUUGGACGGCAAUAUGUUGGUAGGUGUUUUUAAGGCAGGAAUACAAAUGCUUCCUGCAAUUAAAACAAUAGGCCUCGGUGGGAAUACAAUCGAAGGAAGGAUACCUUUUGAGUUUGGAGAUGCUGCUAAUGCACCGUACUUGAAUAUCGAUCUGUCUCGUAACCAUCUUUGUGGUAGAGUUCCCGAAUCUCUUUCGCAUUUGGGUGGAAUCGAUCUGUCCUACAAUCGUUUAGAAGGUCGAAUUCCACUAGACAUCUGGUGGAAAUUUCCAAAGAAAUCGUUCUACGGAAAUUCAGAGUUACUUCUGCCAAAUGGAUCCAGGAUUGAGAUGGAGGAAACGAAACAUCCUCGAAUGCGGAUAAGUUAUGCUGUCAUUGGUGUGGUGAUACUAUUUGGAUGUGUGUUUUUGUUUUCAUCAGGUUUGAUUCUAACCUUUUACUUAAGAAGGAAAGCAGCCUCUGCAGCCACACCUCAUGCUGACCAGAGACAUGGAGACAUAUUCAAGAUAUGGAACUUCGAUGGAAACAUCGCCCAUCAACACAUCAUCCAAGCAACAGCAGACUUCGAUUUCGGGUACUGCAUUGGAACUGGAGCUUACGGGAGCGUCUACAGAGCUCAACUACCAACUGGAAAAGUCGUUGCUGUCAAAAAGCUUCACAGAUUCGAAGGAGAGAAUCCUAGUUACGACAUGUGUUUCAGGAAUGAAGCAAAGGUGCUCUCUGAGAUACGCCAUCGCCAUAUUGUCAAGCUUUUCGGUUAUUGCCUGCACAAGCGGAGCAUGUUCCUCAUCUACGACUACAUGGAAAGAGGAAGCCUGUUUAGUGUGUUGAAGGACGAGAGCGAAGCCGUGGAGUUAGAUUGGAAGAAGAGGGUAAAUGUGGUGAAGGGCAUUGCAAAUGCACUAUCUUACAUGCAUCACGAUUGCACGCCGCCAAUUCUGCAUAGAGACAUUUCGAGCAGCAACAUACUGUUGGAUUCGGAGUUUGAAGGUUGUUUAUCUGAUUUCGGAACAGCUAGAUUGUUGGAUCCAGACUCAUCCAAUCAGACUCUACUAGUCGGAACUCGCGGCUAUAUCGCGCCAGAACUAGCCUUUACCAUGGUGGUUACAGAGAAAUGCGAUGUGUACAGCUUCGGAGUUCUGGCACUGGAAAUCGUGUGUGGGGACCACCCAGGGGAUUUCGUAUCCAUCGUGACCACGAUGAAGGGAUCAUCCUCAUCCGCACCGUUUGCUCGAAACUUGAUGGUGCAACAACUCCUGGACAAGAGACUAGCAUCUCCAGAUGAAGAUGUAAGAGUGUCCCGGGAAAUUGUUGGAGUGGUGAAAAUAGCUCUCAAAUGCGUAAGUUGUGAUCCGAAAUCGCGGCCGUCUAUGAAGGAGGUGUCUCAGGAACUCGCUGCGAACCCGCCACGCUUGUCGAUGCCCUUUCGCUCCAUAUCAGUGUUGCAGCUGAUGCAUUCAGAUUGAGCUCACAACUGCUUUUUUUUUAAUUAAUAAACUUAAAGAUAGAUGUUGAAUUACUUGUGAUACAUACUACUAGGUUUGUUAUAAAGGGUGUCCUCAACUGAACUGGAUUAAAAUAUUGAAAACUUGUUCACACUGGAUGGUGUUGAAGGUGAUAUUGAUCAUUAUUAUGAGUAUCUAUCUUUGAGUUGGAUGUUUUCUUGUAAUGCUAGUGGCAGGCAUCUUGCCUUUGU